CCCCCUUCUUCUACAGUCGUCUUUUAUCAUAUCAUCAAUCGUCAAGAGCGAUCGAGAGAGAGAGAUACAGAAAUCGGUUCGGUUGUGUUUGCUUUGCUUUGCACGAGAGAGAGGAGGAGACCCAUUUUUAGAGUCGUUGCCGAGUGAAUCCGAUAAUUUCAAGCUAGGGUUCCAAAGUUUGAAUCCAAUAAACAACUGCGAGCGUGCGUCGAUCUAUCCCAGUACUCACUGCCCAUCCUCUUUUCUUCUGCUAUUUCCAAUCAAAACCCGUUUCAGAGAGAGAGAGAGAGAGAGCCGAGCAGACAAGGUAGCCUUCCAAAAACUUUGGAUCCUUUAGAGCUUUUACCUUCUUGGGCUUUUCUGAAAAUUCUCAUCACUCUGAACUUCUUCUUCUGUUCUGGAUAGAGGUUCUGGGCGGUUGGUUGGGCCGAUUGGUGGAGCUGCAGAAGCCAAAAAUCUACGGGUGAAGUUUUUGUUGCAUCGGAUUCAUGCAUGUUUUAACCUAUUGAGCGAAAGUAAGUUAGAGCAGACAUGCAAAGAGAUAAUACUGCCGGAAGUCCAUCAACCCCAAGGUCCCCACGACUGCGGCACCGUAGACGCUCAGCUGAGCAACUUAUCCCAGAUGCUAGUAACACAAAUGGAGGUCAUUUACUUGUUGAUGACAAUAAUAAAUACAAGACGAUGUGGAUUCGGGCAUACUCUACUGUUUGGAUGAUUGGAGGAUUUGCAUUAAUUAUAUAUCUGGGCCAUCUGGCUAUUACUGCCAUGGUGGUUGUUAUCCAAAUCUUCAUGGCAAAGGAGCUCUUUAAUCUCUUAAGGAGAGCUCAUGAAGAUAGGCGUCUCCCAGGAUUCAGGCUGUUAAAUUGGCACUUCUUCUUCACUGCAAUGCUGUUUGUUUACGGUCGAAUACUCAGUCAACGGCUUGUUAACACUGUAACUUCAGAUAAAUUUUUACAUAAGGUUGUAAGCAGUCUUAUCCAGUAUCAUAUGGUCGCCUGCUAUUUCUUGUACAUCGCAGGUUUUAUGUGGUUCAUUCUUACAUUGAAGAAGAAGAUGUACAAGUAUCAAUUUGGCCAGUAUGCAUGGACACACAUGAUCCUAAUAAUUGUGUUUACACAGUCCUCUUUUACUGUAGCCAACAUCUUUGAAGGAAUUUUCUGGUUUCUUCUUCCAGCAACACUCAUAGUCAUCAAUGAUAUUGCUGCUUACAUUUGCGGCUUCUUUUUUGGAAGAACCCCUUUGAUUAAGAUAUCUCCAAAGAAAACUUGGGAGGGGUUCAUUGGAGCUUCUAUUACAACUAUGUUCUCAGCGUUUUGGCUUGCACAUAUCAUGGGACAAUUUCAAUGGCUAACUUGUCCAAGAAAGGAUUUAUCUACCGGUUGGCUUCACUGUGAUCCUGGUCCAUUGUUUACACCAGAGUAUCAUACCUUACCAGGAUGGCUCCCGGAAUGGUUUCCUUGGAAAGGGAUCUCAAUUAUGCCAGUUCAAUGGCAUGCUCUAUGUCUUGGUUUGUUUUCAUCAAUUAUAGCACCUUUUGGAGGCUUCUUUGCAAGUGGUUUUAAAAGAGCUUUCAAAGUCAAGGAUUUUGGUGACAGUAUCCCUGGGCACGGUGGAAUCACAGAUAGAAUGGAUUGUCAGAUGGUAAUGGCUGUUUUCGCUUACAUCUAUCAUCAGUCAUUUGUUGUGCCUCAACAGCUCUCGGUUGAAAUUUUAUUGGACCAGAUUUUGACAAACCUUACUCUCGAGCAGCAGCAAGCUCUGUAUGAGAAGCUUAAACAAGUCUUGCAGGAUAGGCUAGUCGGAUGAUCAUGUGUGAAUAACCUGUAUUUGUGUUAUCUUCUUCCUCUCCUUGUAUGUUCGUAAUAUUGUCAAGGAGGAAAAAGAAAAUGGUGGUGUUCUGUUUUCGUAGAACGACCCCAUUGAAAUAUUUAGGUCGGAGGCAUCAUUCUUUUGUGUGGAAACUUUGUAUAGUGGCUCUUGGUCAUUUAAUAUAUGUGAACUCUCGAUGGAAGUCCUCCCUCCUCUCCCUCCCCUGUAUCUGUGCUUUUGAUGGAUUUGUAAAGAUGGCAAAGCUUUGUCAGUUGUGGAAUUUGAUUAUUCUUAUGCUUACAAUUGAAUGCUUAUUAGUGUUUUAUGAUACCUAUUGAUUGCUUUGUCC